UGCGAUUCUAAGACGCAAAACUUCACAGUGUUUUUUGGUAACAAUUUGUCUGUAGUUGGGCUGCAUGGAGAAGUCGAGGACCGAAGAGACUUUAAAUCUCAUGGAUGUACGGAGUAAGACCGCAGAAAAGGAAAAGCAGGUCAUAGAUUGCCUUCGCAAUGUACAAGGCUUUCGUCGAAACUCCAGAACUAACAGGCGGGACUUCUCGUGACUCAUUGCACGCAAGGCAACUCCAAACUCACAUCCGCUCUCGCGGGCAUUUAACUGGCUGUGUUUGAGCCUGUUGAUAACUUCAAUUCCUCCCGGAUCUUUUGUCUUGACACGACCAAGUAAUGCCACACAAACGACAGCUCAAAUCCAAGAGGGAAGAGAUGCGCAGAUCGUCCGCAGACGACGGUCCUGUCUACUUUUGGAAACCGGAACAGGAAAACGGGUUCCUUGGCCAGUGGUACGAAUCUAAAUUCACUGUCACUCAGCCGGGCGACGAAGACGAUGCUAAGAAUGUCGAGAUUACGUAUAUGAAUUGUGAACACUACAUGAUGCACCGCAAGGGCGUACUCUUCGCCCCAGACGAUAGCAUCACUCAGGAAAUCGCCUCCGUUGAUAAGCCCGUCCCGCACCCCAGCACCCUCCGGAGUCUUGGUCGCAAAGUCCCCAACUUCGAUGAAAAGCUCUGGAACAAGGAGCGCUUACGAAUCGUGGUGGAAGGGAAUUAUUUGAAAUUCACCCAAAAUGAGGACCUAAAGGCCCAAUUGCUAGCAACGGGUGAUAGAGAACUUAUUGAAGCCAGUCCCCGCGAUAGGAUAUGGGGAGUGGGAUUCGGGGCCAAAAAUGCAGGUGCCAUGCGACAUCGAUGGGGACUGAAUCUACUGGGAAAAGCCCUUAUGGAGGUGCGAGAGAGGAUUCGAAGUGAACAGCAAAAGACACCGGUGGAUUCGGAUGGUAUUGAGGGCUCGAAAGCGAAGAGAAUGAAAGUAUGAUUCUCCCCUUACGUCUGCAUAAAUUAAUAUUGUAUGUAAUGAACUUCGUCCGAGUUCUCACAAGUGCCCAAAGUACUCGGCGAACACACCACACGCUGUUGCGUGACUGGAAAGCCUUUCAUUUUCUAAA